UUCUCUUAUCUUUCGGCGCUUCCACUCAUCGUCGUCUCUCGUCGUCAUAUCACUGAUGACGUCUCUUCCGAUAAUCUCCGCAUCCUCUCCUCCGCGAAACCUAAACCUAACCAAACCAUCUUCUUCAACAUCUCAAACCCCAAAACCAAUUCACAUUUCACCAAAACAACUCCUAACCAAAACCCAUCUCUCUCUCACCAUUCCCCAACUCAUCCUCACAUCCCCUGUUCUCGCAUCUGAGUCGUCCUUCGACUCAAUCUCAGACCCACCAACCGGAAAAAUCGAUUUGGAGUCAAUCUUGGUCACAAUUGACAAUUUCUUCAACAAGUAUCCAUUUUUCGUAGCUGGGUGUACUUUCAUGUACCUUGUGGUUUACCCUGCUGUGAUUUUUUACUUGAGGAAGUAUAAACCAAUCUCUGCCAUGAACGCGUUUCGUAAGCUCAAGAACGAGCCUGAUUCGCAGCUUUUGGAUAUUAGAGAUGAAAAGACUUUGGCUUUAUUGGCGUCGCCGAAUCUUAAGUUUCUUGGUAAGAGUUCAGUUCAGGUUCCGUUUAGUGAGAGUGAUGAGGAAGAGUUCUUGAAGAGAGUUAAAGGAUGCUUCUCUGUUCCUGAGGAUACUGUUGUUUGUGUUCUUGACAAUUUUGAUGGUAACUCUUCGAAAGUGGCUGAAUUGCUGAUUGAGAAUGGCUUCAAAGAGGCUUAUUAUAUCAGGGGAGGUGCCAGAGGGAAGAAUGGUUGGUUGGCCAUUCAAGAAGAGCUUUUGCCUCCACCUGUGCAUAUGUAUACUGCAAAAAAUGUGAAUUCUUCAAACAACAAUGAAGCAUCGGUUGUUGGAACUGAAAACUAGUUCAAGAGCAUAUAGCCUAUGUGGCAAGACAUGAUACUGCCAAAUCAUGGAAGAGUUAUAGUGAGAAAGCUUCUCUAGGGUGGAAGACUUGUUAUAUAUUGAAAUACUUGUGUAAAUCUCAAGACCACUCUAUGUUUUGCAAAAGCUAACCUUGUCUACAGAAUGAUUUCUCAAGCCAUCCCAAUAAAAUGAGACUAGUUGUUGUUCUGAGCAUUA